CUUCUUCUUCUAUCCUCAAACACCUCCCCUCUCUUCCUCUAACUGCUCCUAUAUAUACAUAUCUGCCCCAGCGCCCACGCACGACUCCAGGAGAGAGCCCACCACGCACGACAGAGAGAGAGGGAGAGCGCCAUCCCGAGAGAUGAGCAGCGGUGGCAGCAUGUCGCCGGCGAUGGCGAGGUCCAGCGGUGGCAGCAUGUCCCCGGCGAUGGCGUGGUCACCGUCAUCCAGGAGGCGGGAGCACAGGAACGGCGGCGGCCGCUUCAGGGCGGAGAUCGAGAUGGACACGGGCGUCGCCCUUCCCAGGGGCCCGGAGCUUGGGUUCGCCGCCGCCGUGCGAGAGCCGCUGGUGAGGCUGCAGCGCCCCAAGUACGACUUCGAGAGGUGGGACUGGGGCUACUUCGCAUGGCCGCACGACCGUCUCGACGCCAAUAUGGAGAUGAGGGACAGCGAUCCGAGGGCGACAUUCGAGGCGGACUCCAAGGUGACAGAGAGCUUCCUGAGCCGGAGCAUACUGCAGGUAGAGGCCGGCGAAGGCUUCCCGAGCCAGAGCUCGCCGCAGCUAGAGGCGAGCGAUGGCGGCUUCGCGAUCCAGAGCACGCUGCAGCUAGAGGCCGGCCAAGGCUUCCCGAGUCAGAGCACGCUGGAGCUACAGACCGGCCAGUGCUGCCUGUGUCAGAGCAGGCUGCAGCUGGAGGCCGGCCAGUGCUUCCUGUGUCAGAGCACGCCGAAGCUGGAGUCGGGCCACGGACAGGGCUUCCCGUGUCAGAGCACGCUGGAGCUGGAGGCCGCCGAGGGCUUCCUAAUAAGCCAGAGCUGGCCGCAGCCGGAGGCGAGCGACGGCUUCCCGAGCCAGAGCACGCUGCAGCUCGAGGCCGGCGAAGGCUCCCCAAGCGGCCGGAGCAUGCUGCCGGUAGAGUUCGACGACGACACGCCCCUCGGACGCUACGCGCCGUGGCGUCGGGGAUGCGCGGAGUCCAGCCCGUUCCUGCUGGACCAUUGCAUGGCACCGCAUGGUCGCUGGGCAUACUAGGAGCAGGAGCGAGCCACACCAUGACCAUAUCCCCCCUUGUCUGCAGCACACUGAGACAGAAAUAGAUCGCCAUGAAAGAUCGGACGACGAUCUGCCAACAUAAUCCCCAAAUCUGAAGAUUUUGGGUACGGGGUCUUGACAACAGGGGAGCUAAGCCAGGAGAAGCAGAAGGUCGUUGACGGGACGAUGGCGUCUGUUGAUUCGUAGGUUGAGACUUGAGAGGCUGAUGCGUCUGGCAUCAGUUUGCUGAUCGGGAUAUAGCAGGAUUAGCAUCGACAAGUUUUGGUUCAAACUUCAAAGCUGUUAUAGAAAGAACGGAAACUCUGUACAGUAGAGAUAUACAUACACACCCAUGUAAAGCUCCCCAGAAUUCCAUAGCUCUUCUGAAUGUCCAUGCAGUACACUACUCGUACCUGAUUUUAUCAUUUGAUUGUCUUCGAUCUCCUA